AAGUUGUCCAUUAAUUAACUUAAGUGGCACAUAUGAUAUGUUAAAAAUUGCUAGAAUAAAUUAUUCCCCAAAACUUCUAAUUUAAAUUAAGGUUGAUCAUUAUUACAGCACUAAAUAAAUUCAUGAUCAAUUUUACUGGGUUGAAUCACAAAUUCAUUGAUUAUUGUAUGAAUCCUAACACAAAGUAAGUGUUUUGGAGAAGAAGACAGACACAUCAACUCAAUAAAAAAGGAUAUUAAAUGAAAAAUAUAUUUAAACCGUAUAAGUUGUUAUAACGAACUGCAAAUGCUUUGUGGCAAUCUGGGCAGCAUGGACCAAAUGGUACAAAGUAAAUAAUGUUAGGAUACUUCUACUUUGACUUUGACCAAGACCACAACAACACCAAUCAUGUUCCCUCUUACCAGCUUUUCUUCAUUUUUUGCUAGUAGAAUAAAAAAAAGCAUAAAUGAAAAUGAUUCAUAUUGCUGUAUAAAGUAAAGACAACGACUACCCUUCGUUAAUCCUUUCCUACUCUAAACGUACAUUUUUGCAUAAUUAAGAAAAAUAAAUAAAAAAUGCAUGCAUAAAAAGAAACAAGUAAACUAAAAAAGCAAUAAGAAAUGUAAGUACUACUCAGUAGUCGUUAUAGUUAUUCAGUCUUUUGUUUUGGUCCCUUUCCCUUUCCGUAGGCAAUGGACUACAAAAGAUGUUUGCCAUUGCUUUAAAGCAUAUCUAUUAUUAAUUAAUGUUAAUGUUAUCACAAACAUGAAAAGUGGUUCCUUUAAUAUGUGAUUGAGUUAUUAGAACUUAAAGAUACAAAACAGAACAUUAACAUAUAUGGAAGGUGCAGAGAAGGAACUAGAGAGAAGAAGCAAGUUUCUGAAAAGCUUAAUAAAGAACAAGAAAACAAUUGAACAACAAGAACAACACUUCCACAACAUAAAGGUCAGAGCUUGUGACAUGCCUCUAAAUUUGCAGAACCGUGCAUUUCAUUGUGCACGUCAUCUCUUGAAUUCUAUGCCAUCAAACAAGCUUGAUAGUAAACGUCUUGCUCUCACACUUAAGAAGGAAUUUGACACUUCCUAUGGUCCAGCAUGGCACUGCAUUGUUGGAACUAGCUUUGGUUCCUAUGUAACUCAUUCAGUUGGAGGUUUCUUGUAUUUUUCCAUUGACAAAGUUUAUAUCCUUCUCUUCAAGACUACUGUUCAACCAUUAGACCAUUGAAUUCAAUGAGUGUCAUUUGUUAUACCAAGUCACUGUUGACAAAGUUUUUAAUUGUUUUUUAUGAAGCAUGGUGAAAUCAAUAUAAUAAAGAAAAUUAACAAGUUAAAGAUGCCUUCAACAAAAUCCAUCAUCCCCUUUCCUCUGUCUUCACUUCUAACUAUUGUAUUUCUUCUUGUUUUGUUGCUUAUCAUUGGUGGAGCUCAAACUCUAAA